GGCCUUAGUGGAAAAGGACAGCAAGGAGCUAGAAAAAGCGGCCAUCGCUCUGUCUGAGAGGAAGGCAGUCCAGCUUAUCAUGGAAGAACUUGUACUUGAUGUGACAGCUGACAUGACUCGGGAGGCAGUAGAUGAACAGAAACACACAUAUGGCAUGGUCAGGAAUAUGGCCUUCAAGGAAGUCAUGAACAGAACUGAGGCUAUAGUUCUGGGAGAGGAUCAGGGGAGACAACCCAAUGACCAAGGAUAUAGUAUGGUGACAAAGACGUUCUUCGGAUACCAACAACAAAGGAACAGACAAAGGAUGGAGCUGUGGGGCCAUUCACAGCCAUUCACAGCCAAGGCAGCACCACAACGCAUCAAAAAGAAAAAACCUGAAAAAAAGAAGAAAGAAGAAGUGGUGGAAGAAGAAGGGGAUAAGGACGACGAUGAGGACCCAGACAUUGUAGUACUAGAAUAUCAUCAUAUAAUUCCAGUAGAUAUUAGGAUGUACGAACCAGUACGCACUGACACCCCAGACGUCAAACAUAACAAACGCAUCUAUCAGACUUAUAUGACCAAAGAAGUGGAAUACUGGGCAAGGGUAGAGGCAACCUUGAAUCGUAUCAAUCUGCCUAAAAGGUGUGGAGGAGUGCUCUCCAUGGCUCGGUCUCCAAAUCAACGUUUCCUAGCAGUGGGAACCAUUCACGGGGACUGUAUGAUCUAUGACACAUGGACCGUGCCAUGGAGACCCAUUAAAGUCAUAGUAAAUAACCAGGGAGGAAACGACCCCAUCUUGUACAUAGCUUGGAGCCUGGACAACUCUCGUGUUAUCACAACUACUGCAUCGGGCCUGGUCAAUGUGUGGUCAUUCCUGGGUGGAGGACUGAGGAAGGCUGAUACGAAGUCCCUUGGUAUCCAGCCAGACUCUGAUGGUCAACUUCCCAAACAGUUGGGGCUCAUGUUCCAGUUUGAUGUAGAUGACAACGACUUCAUGUUUUACCAAGGACCAUUUGUGGAGCAGGAAACCCUCACCCAGAGUUUCUCACCAACAGUGGCUUCAUUUUACCCAAGUUUCUCAUUUUUUGGAAUCCAGAACAUGAUCUGCAUUGCUUUGGAGAAUGGAGACGUUCUCAAGGCUGACCUAGAAUAUGCCUUGGGCAGUUCAUCAACAGCUGAAUUCACAGAAACCCCCAAGAUCAUCAAUCAAAUGAACUUUGAGGAGCUGGAAGGCAUCAAUGUAAUAGGAAAAGGUAUUGAGGCAGAGUUGCUGAGACGACACAAAACCAUCAUCACCUUUAUGGGCUAUGUGGACAACAUCAACCGCAUGGUCACUGUGGACUCGGACGGUUACAUAAUGCUUUGGAAACUUGACAAUGAGAAUAUGACCACAACUGGAUGGUAUGUGCCAGAGUUUAAAUACAGGAUUGCUACAUCAAAGGCCAUGUACACACCAAUCAAUAAGGAGAAGCCAAAGAUGAUUUUUACUGACCGGUUGUCACAGAUGCCAGGGGAGCGUGCAAGAACACUCCAAGAAAUAGCCAAGCAGAGGAAGACAACACAGACCACAUUAGAUAACAUGCAGCUUGGUGAUCCUUGGCAUAAAGAGAUUCUCAGAGAUGAAGGCCUCACGUUGUAUGUGUAUGCACCCAAGGGGGGUGUGAAGACUACAGGAGCCAUGUUUCACCUUGUCAUGAGGCACAUUGAGACAGAUACACUUUCAUCCUACGUGACUCGUAUGUACAAACCAAUAAAGGUAAAGUAUACCAAGUUGUUUGAGCCUAGAAUGUCUGCUAAUGGACGCGAUAUGAUCUUCCUCAUGCUGUUCCCUUCAUAUCCUCCAAAAGGUGCCCACCUCACCAUUGUUAUCUGUGAUCUGACCAUCGGAGAACUGAAACCCUAUAGACGUGAUAUACAUCUUACUACUUCCGAAUACAAUGACAUUCUGGAUGACAAUGUGGUUCAGUACGAUGUCAGUCAGACGUAUGGACCAACAGGUUCUUCAUACGUUUUUGUUAACAUCCGAGGUGAGCUGAAGGCAUAUUCCCUCACCACAGGGCGACAGGUCAUUAUGAUGGAGCGGGAGGAGGACAGAUUUUCAGGAUUUCCUGGAUGUCUCAUUGAUGCUUCGGACUGGGACCUACCUCGGAACUUGGAGGUCACUAUGGUGUGUUCCAAAGGCAAGAUGUAUGCAGUUUUCUAUGGACAGAAAAUCAACUACAUCUCUGUGAUCAGCUUCACUGACACCAACACCUAUAGACAGCGACGGGCCAUGUGGAAAUCGUAUGAAGUCUGGACAGAGCAUCAGGUUAUGCCGAUAGAACAGAGAUGUAACUUCAUCACCCAGGAACUCAGCGAUACACAGCACCCAAGUGUAUACAUGCGGGCACUCGUACUGCAGUGUAUGGACGAUGCCAUUAUGCAGUCGGAUGGUGUGGAAUUCACCAAUGAGUUCAUGUUUGAAAACCAGGCAGUUGACAAGGUUGAGAAUUACAUUGCUCUACAAGAAGAGGUUGAGAAAUCCAACAUUUUGGUUGACACUGCUGUCAAACCUGUAGAAGAGGAACCAGACGAGAGAGACAGGACCAACUUUGCACCCGAAGACUACCUUAUCUCCUGACACCUUUCUACCCACAAAGCCUCGUAACUCAUUGUUACUGUGUUGAGGAUAUCUAAAUUUUACUCAAGGGUUAAGAAUUUUGAAAUGAACAUUGAAGAUUAAUGAUUACCGUAAAUUUGCGUGUAUAGAGUGCACUCGUGUAUAGUGCGCAGGCACGUUUUUGAAUGAUCUUUUGACUCCAGCAUGAAAGGAUAGAAAUGAACGUGAUAUAGGUCUAUAGUCAGCUUGCAAAUGGUAGUGCGUGGUCCCAUCUACGAUGUUUGUACAAACAAAAUAAUUAAUCCUACCCCAAUUAGCUUGUGAUUUUUAUGCUAGUAUGACCUUUUGUGGUAUCUGUUCAUGAUAUAUACAAAGCUAAUCAGGCCCAAUUAUUGGCUUGACUGACUGGCAAGCUGAGUACAAGUGUAGGCUGUAACAGUAGCCGCCAUUUUUUUAUUGGAAACAUUUCUGUUAUUGAUAUGCUGGUCAAUUCAAUUCAAAUUUAUUCCUUAGGCCUUUCAGCCCAUAAGAGAAAAUUACAACAUGUGUAUAGAUAUAAAUGCAUACAAGUACGUACAAUUAGAUGAAUAUAAGACAGACUGGUCAUUACUUUUACAUCAAUGAAAUAAAUAUGUCGAUAGGAUAAUUUUUUGCAGUGCAGACAAUGAAUCACAGCAAUAUUCACAGUCAGGUCAUUAUUUAUAGGGCUAGUUUGUCAGUGACUGCCCACGAGAUCAAGUGCAUUACUGUUAUCCUUACCAAAUUGUGCAUGCGUGCUGUUACAGAUAGCUUUCGUAAAUAAACAUGUUGAACGUCAUCAGUCUCUGGCAAAGUUCUGGAUUUAUAAGGUGAUUUAUCUAGAAUAAUGAAUUAACUAUAUAUAUACUGAUAUAUCAUUUCAAGUCUAGAUCUUGUUUGAUGUAAAUUGAGCCAUUAUGACAUUGUAUUGCACCUAAAUACAGCAACUUGAUCAAUUGAGAAUGUAUGUGUGCAGAACACGGGUAGCCUACCUAAGAUAAAAUCCUUGUAAUUGCUGAUAACUACUGUAAAAGUGGAUAUUUUCGCGUGUGGAAAUUUUCCCUUAGCCAGCUUCCAAAGUGUUCGCGGUGUGGAUAUUUUCGCGCCGUCAAGAU